AUGUCGACCGUUAUACUGAGCGUUGAAAUAACCACCCAAGAAAUUAAUGAAACCCGCAAACGUGGCGCACAACUAUGGGCGCGCGAUGAGACUUCUGGUUUCGUAGGGGACGAAACCUUCCAGCACCCCGAGUCUUGCAGCAACGCGACCCUGUUCCGCAGGACGAAUGGCCAACUCCUUAGUCGGAGUAGACCUCUUUCUGUUGACCCGGGCGUGGACUUCAUCAAUAUGUCCAACUAUCCGGGAGGUUCGAUUACAACCACCUUCGUUGUCGUUGGCGGUGUCUUGUACUGGGAUAAUAAUGCGUUUUAUAAUGGCACAGCUGGAUUCUGUGAGGGGACUAUGGGUGAGGUAUACGCAACGUUUACAGAAACUGGAGGACCGCCUAACUGUAUACCAGUAAAACUAGUCGUAUACACUGCGAAUCAAUGCCAAAAUGGCGAGAUUGUCGGCGUGGAAGGGGGAACGACGACUGAUGUACCACCCUCACCAAGCAACACGGAAACACUGGCGUCUGAGACCAGUCCCAGCCUCAGCGAUACCGAGCCCACCACUAGUGUGAUCACGGAACCUGUGUCUACGUUAUCUAGCAGUGACCUUGGAGAAACACCAUUAUCGAGCUCAACUGAGGUGGAUGAGUCUCAGGCCAGUUCUCCUCCAGGCUCACAAACCCCAUCGGAACUGCCAACUGCGUCUUCAACGGAAAGCACACUGGACAACGGGGAGAGUUUGUCCACCGCCACCGAGAGUGCCGGUUCAACUAAUCAUCCCUCUUCCACAGCAACACCAGAUUCGCCUCUUAUGUCAAGUGCAAACCAAGGUAGCCCCGAUCAGAGUACAGGAGGCACAGACACAGCCAUAAUCACGUCUUCUCUCACACCCGGUGACACAGAGACCGAACGUUUCAGUACUGGCCUGACCACCAUUGGCGCGCCCGCCACAUCGACUGAAGGCAGCGCUGAAGAAACCACUAAUGGCACUACCUCAAUUCAGACAGCCUCGUCAGUAAUAAUGAGCUCUACGGGUCUAACUACGAGCGAGCCGAUCGUCUCAAGUGAGGAUAUGUCAACGAUGAUUUCUGACUCUAGUGACAAGCCCGUGAUGUCCUCCUCGGAACCAGCCGCCUCAACCCAGUUUCUGACGUUCGAAGAGUCGUCUUUAGGGUCUUUCAUGAGCUCGAGUGAAGGAACGAUGACCACGACCGGAGUUGACCCGGUAAUCUCGGCCACUGGCACAACUGCCUCAAAUUUUGAUACCACCUCGAGUCCGACCGUCCAACAAAGAUCGAAUGACUCUUCCGAUGCUGCGACAAUGACAGUAUCUGAUACGCCAACGGUGUCCAUGGAGUUAUCUGACACGUUUUCAUCCACAGGUUUCCCAACAACUCCUGUGUUGCCAGAAACCUCAACCACAACACUUAGCAUAAGCCAAGAAGAACCUACAUCAUUGACCAGUGUUGCAUCUUCUUUGAGUCCCCCAAUCACGAGCCUAGAUCCUUUAUCAUCAAGCACCUCUGUCCUAUCCGAAUCCAGCAACUCUCUACUUACCAGUACCGGCGAAUCCACCGAGAAUUCGGAGUCUAUAUCGUCCAUGGAAACAGACCAAAAUUCUCCCAGCGCAGGAACGUCUAUGACAAACGAUCCGUUAUUAACUACCAUAGAGACAUCCAGCGAGCCAGACACCGUUUAUUCUUCAGGAGCGAGCAAUAUUCCAAGCGCCACAAAGACAUUAACCGAGGCCGAUACAACACAAGAAUUACCUAUUCCUAGCACGCAAACAUCUUUCCUUUCACCAACAUUUUCAGACAAUCAAACUCAGGAGUCGACUGCCAUCACUGAUUCUUCCACCGGAUCACUAAUUAGUUCCAACUCUGGCCAAUCGCUUAGCACACAGACUGUUGGAACUGGGACGCUGCUGAUCACCGAUGUCACCACUUCCUCCACCAAUGCAGAGGCCCCAUCAGGCUCUACUGCUGAAGACAUCUCAACAAAAGUCCCCGGCUUGACGACUUCUAUGGAUUCAGGUUCCACCAUGCCAAAUUCUGAUGUCAAAACUUCGGCCAGUCUAGAGACAUCUGCUGCAAGCAUUUCCACUAGCACUCUUGACCUCAGCUCCGUGGAUACAGCACUCUCGACUAAUACAUUCGAGACCUCGACAACGAUAGAGUUAUCGACAACUUCGUCUGAGGCUUUCGAGUCUUCUUCUCAAGGGAAAUCUUCCUCUGAAGAUUCGACAAUAUUUCCUUCUCCAACCACUGCAACUAUAAUAGUGACAAGCAACUCAGUUUCUAGCCCCAUAUCUAUAGUGGAAACUCCGGGUUUAGCAUCGUCUACAUCACCCUAUACCAGCGCAUCUGCCGUGCAAAGUAGCGGCCAAAGUUUUCCAUCAACAACAGAGACCGUAACUCCUGGUUCUCUGGUUGACACGACUACGUCGGACUCAGAAUUUAGCUCAAGGACCAUUAAUCAAGACAGCACUACAUUGACAUCUAGCGAUUUUCAAACUAGUCCAAGUAGCCCGAAUACCGCUGAAGCCACCCCUAGUUCUAUGGUUGGUACGACUACGUCAGACUCAGAAUCGACCUCAAGGAACACUAAGCAAGACAGCACUGCAUUCACAUCUAGCGCUUUUCAGAGUAGUUCAAGCAGCCCGGGUACAGCUGAAGAUACCACAACGAGCCCACCAGAGCCAGUAUCGUCGACGAGCAGCAGCACCGAACUACCGGUGUCAACAAGUUCAAGUAGCAGUAUUAGAACGUUGGAAAGCUCAGAGUCUUCGAGCUCAAGCGACAACGCGGUGCUGUCAGGGUCAGCAAGUUCAAGUAAUAUCGGUACAAGCGGACAGUCUGCCUCCAGGACUACAGAAGGGCCAGGGGUUUCUAGCUCCAGCCCGGAAGCAGUCAGUAGUUCCACCGAAACAAGCCUCUCCACAGGGUCUUCAGUAAGCAGUACAAACAACCCGGAUAGUCAAAGCAGUUCAAGUGGCACCAGUCACGUUUCAAGCUCAGUGGUUAUCUCUAGCAGCCUGGCUUCGUCACAGACAACAACUUCAAAUGCGAAUUCCGAAAGUUCGCAAUCUGGACUCUUCACCACCUCCAUUGCCUCGUCUACUUCGUUUGCCCCCGUCGUUUCGACGUCGAGCAGCAAUUCCUUGGGAGCGACCACUUCACUCAGCACAGCCGAGCCAACUUUUGACUCUGCCACUAGCACUUCGUCUGCCCUCGGUCUCAAGCCAGAGCCAGAUGGUUUCCACGUCAACGUUGUCGAGUACGAGUUCACUCCAAUCGAGCAGCACAUCCGGACCAACUGCCCAACCAUCCCCUACAAGCUCGAUUUCAAGCCAGAUCCAGACGGUUUCCACGUCGACGUUGUCGAGUACGAGCUCCAAUGCAAGCAUCGUCUCAAGCCAGACGGUGUCUACGUCAAGUAUGACUUCACUCCAGUCGAGCCCGUUUGGAUCAACUGUCCAACCCCCUACUACAAGCUCCGUCUCAAGCCAGAGCCAAAUAGUUUCCACGUUGACUUUAUCGAAUUCUACUUCACCCCAACCGAGCAGCACGUUCGGAUCAUCUGUUCAACCCUCCACUGUAAGCUCCGUCUCAAGCUAGACAGUUUCCACGUCAAGUAUGACUUCACUCCAAUCGAGCAGCACGUUUGGACCAACCGCCCAAUCCUCAACUGCAAGCUCCACUUCAAACCCAAGCCAGACGGUUUCCACCGCUUUGUCGAAUUCUACUUCACUCCAACCAAGCAGCACAAUAUCAAGAACCAGCUCGUCCACUACCGAGUCGUUUCCUCGUCGGUAAUUACAAGUGCCGUCUCAACAUCAACAGUGUCGCCUGUGUACACUACCGUAAGCACCCUUUACUCGGGAAACUCAACGACUACCACGACAGUACCGCCCAGUGGCACGGCAGCUGGGACCGUUAUCAUUCAGCGGCCGAGUUAUGUAACCACGACCCAGCCAUAUUCGGGAUCAGUAACUAUUACAAGCACACAGACAGCAAGCGGGGCAAAUCAAGGCACGGUUUACGUGCAAGCUCCUUUGGCUACGUUGAAUUGUGACCCGAACGGCUAUCUCAUUCAAACCACCACUCUCUAUAGAGUCAAUAUCACGACGGGAAACACCACAACGGUCAAGAGUGGAGUCGGUGAUGGCCGCGGCAUUCAAGCAAUAGGAUACAACGUGGCGGACAAUUUCAUAUACGGCUCCAUUGGAGUCACCCUCAAUGCCCCUGUUGACCUUAUACGCAUCGCGGCCGAUGGAAGCCACACAAUAGUCAACUCCCUGAAUAUCUCAAACACCUGGUACCCUAACUCGGGAGAUGUCGAUGAGAGCUCGCAAUACUGGGCCUCAUUUCAAGGAAGCUAUUGGCUCCAGCUCGACCUCAAGCCCGGCUCGCCUACCUUUAACAGGACGGUAAAUAGCGGCCAGAUGACGCCCCCUCAUCUCAUCCUGGACUGGGCAUACGUACCCGGCGCCGGCAACUACCUCUGGGCACUCGGAUAUGACUCGCCAGCCAUCAACAGUACCUUCCUGCAACGAUUUGAUAGAGCCAGCAAGAGCUGGACGGUGGUUGCCAACCUGGGAAACAUCGGAGGAAGCAACAGAAACGCAUUUGGUGCUGUCUACGCCUCGGACGACGGGUACCUCUACGGAUCUGAGAAUUUCAGCGGAGGCAUAUACCGCUUCAACAUCCCGCCGAACGGCACAGUCACGGCUGGUUUCAACGCCACAUACACGAAGAUUGCCAAUGGGCCAACCUCGUUGUCCAAUGACGGAGCCAGAUGUAUAAAAGCUGCCAAUAUUUCAUAG